AUGAUUCGCAUAACAGGAGUAUGCAGCCGGUUAGUGCAAGCAUUAGGAGUUUCAGGACGAAGCUCAUCAACUUGUCUUCAAACAACUCCAAGUUGCAAGCAAGAAAAUGCAGCCGAUGAGUUGAUGAUCCGGGCAUUGACUGCUGUGUUUGGCAUGGAAAAAAAUGGGAAAAUAAAGAAGGAGAAAGCGCGACUGGUGGUGGAGAAGCUUGGUUUGAUAUAUGGUGAAGGAGGAGAGGAAGAAAACGAGGCUAGUUUUGACCUGCCAGGUGGUGCAGACGAUGAAGAAGUGCCGGUAGAGGAGGUGCUGAAUGGAUUGGAAGAUGGUUCAGACCGCCAUCAAUUGUUGCAAGAAGCCUUCAAGAUUUUUGACGAGAAUGGUAAUGGAUAUAUUGAAGCAGUGGAGUUGAAGAGAGUGCUGCAAUGCUUGGGACUGGACAAAGGGUGGGAUAUGGAGCAGAUCCAGAAGAUGUUGAAGGCUGCAGAUCUGAAUUUUGACGGAAAAGUUGAUUUUAAUGACCCUCAGGCUGCUAUAAACGAUUGUGUGAGUCAGUUUGAUGAUGCCUUGAAUAGACUUGAUGAUUCUUUGUUGGCAAUUAAUGGAGGUCAGAAAAUGUUGGCUUUGGAAAAAAGACAGCAACAUCCAGAAAUGGAUGGAUGA